AUGGAUUGCUUAGAUAGUAGCAACCAAGCAUCUAUCGCUGAAACAUUUCCAACAGUAUCGUUUCUUAUGGUUGAUCUAAGUGAUAACAUGACACGAAUGUAUGCUCAGCCAUUACUAAAGCAAUUCGGUAACUUGACAGCGAAACCAGCUUGGUCAAGAUAUGAUAUUGAGGCACAAUUCAACAGCGAGACUAAUUGGUACUAUCCAACUGACGAUGGUCCAAUCGGCAGUAAUCAAAUCGAUUUUCUUGGAAAUGUGAUUCACGAGUUAAUUCACGGUCUCGGUCUAAUGACAUCCUGGGGAGAUAUAUUUUUCAGACACUUAGCACCCUUAUUUCCAGACAAUGUUCUUGAGUACUUUAUCACACCCAGUCUUCUAGCAUCCAUGGACAAAGCACAAUCAUUAAAUGAUUAUAGCUCGUCUCAACCAUUUUGGGGAUUUGUUGAGUUUGCCUUCGACAAAUUCCUUGCUUAUAAAACUAAGCGUUUCAACACAACAGAUGGAUCCUUCCACUCGCUAUCUUCUACUACCACUAGGCUCAACAAAUUUGCACAAUCGAAUACCUUAUUUCGAACCGCUGUUGAUUUUGCGAAUGCAUGGUAUCAUUCGGAAUCCUAUGAGCAUGCUAAACGAGCGUAUGGGAGAGCUGUUACAGCAUUGGAAAUUUCAGCCAUUGUCAACAACGAGCCGAUAUUCUGGAUGGAAACGUCACUGGAUCCCUUCUCUCCUGGUUCUUCAUUGUGUCACGUCGAUCAAUCACAAUAUGCAAACACAUCUGAUUAUUUGAUGAUAUAUUCAGCACAACAAGGCAUUUCUUCCACCUCUUUAACCACUCGAUACCCUUAUGGUCCUAUAGGGCCUCGAUUAGCAAAAAUGAUGGCUGCUCUGGGUUACCGAAUGGACCCUAAAUAUGCUGCCACUACCAUUCGGCCGCAAUUACGUUUUUGGAGCCCUCCGCUGCAACUAGUAGGUACCGAAUCAAAUCCUUCUCCAACUGCAGCCAUUGAUAGAAGUGGACCUGCACGGCUUCCACCAACGGCAUCAGCAGGAACAGAUCCUACCGCAUUAGCAGGCGUAUCUCCCACGAAAUCAGAUGCAUUGUCUUUACAUUUCUCUAUUUAUCAUUGGUUUAUUGCAAGCUUAACCACUAUCAUUACUAUCUUUUAUUUAUAA